AUGUUGUUGCUGGAUGAGAACCAAGAGGUCUUGACUCUGGUAACAAAUUCGUUGAAGAAUGAUCUCAACCACUCCAACCAAUAUAUCGUCGGUCUUUCCCUUUGCACCCUAGGCAAUAUCGCGUCCGUGGAGAUGUCCCGAGACCUGUUCACCGAAGUCGAAUCUCUCCUAUCCACCGCCAAUCCUUAUAUUCGAAGAAAAGCAGCCUUGUGUGCCAUGCGCAUUUGUCGCAAAGUCCCCGACUUGCAGGAGCACUUCUUGGAAAAGGCAAAGAACCUGUUGUCAGAUAGGAAUCAUGGCGUUUUACUGUGCGGUCUCACUCUGGUCAUCGAUAUGUGUGAAGCGGAGGAGGCAGAGGAGGGCCAAGAAGGAGUGAUUGAAAUGUUCCGACCUCUUGCGGGCAACCUUGUGCGCGCUUUGAAGGGCCUGACCACAUCAGGAUACGCUCCGGAACAUGAUGUAUCUGGCAUCACGGACCCUUUCGUGCAAGUCAAGAUUCUACGUCUGCUUAGGGUACUGGCCCGAGGUGAUACCGCUACGAGUGAGCUGAUCAACGAUAUCCUCGCGCAAGUGGCGACCAACACCGACUCUUCCAAGAACGUGGGAAAUUCAAUUCUCUACGAGGCUGUCCUGACUAUUCUCGACAUCGAAGCCGACUCGGGUCUAAGGGUAUUGGGUGUCAACAUUCUCGGAAAGUUCUUGACCAACAAGGAUAACAACAUCCGUUACGUCGCCCUCAACACACUAAACAAGGUUGUCGCAAUUGAGCCAAACGCGGUACAGCGACACCGCAACACUAUCUUGGAGUGCCUCCGCGAUCCAGACAUCAGCAUCAGACGGCGAGCUCUCGAUCUGAGUUUCAUGCUGAUCAACGAGAGCAAUGUACGCGUCCUGGUAAGGGAGCUGUUAGCAUUCUUGGAAGUGGCCGACAACGAAUUCAAACCUGUGAUGACGACUCAAAUCGGAAUAGCCGCGGACCGUUAUGCCCCCAACAAACGGUGGCACGCCGACACAAUCCUGCGAGUCCUCAAGUUGGCUGGCGCCUACGUUAAGGAACAGAUCUUGUCAUCAUUCGUGCGCCUCAUUGCAACAACCCCGGAAUUACAGACCUACUCUGUGCAAAAACUAUACGUAUCAUUGAAGGAAGACAUCUCGCAAGAAGGCCUCACCCUUGCUGCCACUUGGCUUAUCGGUGAAUAUGGCGACAACCUACUCCGCGGCGGCCAGUAUGAAGAAGAAGAACUCGUUGGAGAGAUCAAGGAGAGCGACAUCGUUGACCUCUUUGACAAUAUCCUCAACAGCACAUAUGCUACACAGACGGUGGUUGAAUACAUCACCACAGCUUCGAUGAAGCUUACUGUGCGAAUGUCUGAUGCGUCACAGAUCGAGCGGCUCCGACGGGCACUGAGCGGUCGUACUGCCGACCUGAGUGUUGAGAUUCAGCAGCGUGCUGUGGAGUACGAUAACCUAUUCGGUUAUGAUCAGAUUCGUCGUGGUGUUUUGGAGCGAAUGCCUCCGCCUGAAAUCCGCGAAGAGCAACGAGUCCUGGGACCAUCGACCAAGAAGCGACAGAGCAAACUGCUCAAGGACAAGACGAGAAAGCCCGUCAAAAUGGCUGAACAGGAUAUGCUUCUCGACCUCAUGGGAGGCUCCGAUGUCCCAGCAGCCAGCCCAACUGCGAACGGGUCUCAGAAUACUGCUGAUCUACUGGCGGAUAUCCUCGGUGGCGAUUCGGGUAUCUCAUCACCUGCUCCUCAACAGCCAGUCUCAAACACCGCGGCCAUCAUGGACUUGUUCGGUUCAAACGGUGGCACCCCGUCUCCCCAAUCAGCUCCUGCCUCAGCAUCUCUUGACCUCCUAGGAGGCGGUGGCGCUCCUGUCUCAACACCUUCCCCUUCGACACCCGCUGCGUACACAGCAUAUAACAAGAACGAAUUAGUGCUUUCUCUGCAGGUCCAGCGAGGCAACAACAACACAGCACAGAUCCAAGCUCGAUUUAAGAAUGACUCGAGCUUCAGCCAAUUUACCAGCGUCGGACUCCAGGCCGCUGUGCCCAAGAGCCAGCGCCUGCAACUCAGCGCCAUCAACAAAGCAGAGCUUGAAGCGGGAGAUGAAGGUGUCCAAAUGCUGAAAGUCACCGGUCUCAAUGGGCCCCUCCCACCCAAGCUCCGCCUUCGUCUUCGCGUCACAUACGCAAAGGACGGCACCGAGCCAACAACGGACCAAGUCGACUGGUCCGAAUCGUAA